AGCCCGUGUGGCUCAAAGGGCUUUGCCAAUCCAACAGCUCAACCACUGACAUGGAGACGCGACAGCUGUCAUUCAUCACACCAGUGCGUUUGAGAGCCAAAGUGGUUCAUGGCUAUGGACGAGGAUCAAAACAGCUGGGAUUUCCCACUGCAAACCUUGAAAUCCGCUGGGAUGCCGAUGCAUCCCAGCUCUCUGAGGAGGAACUCAGUGUCCGAGACUUUGCAAUGUCACAUCGAACAGGAAUCUACUGCGCUUUCGGCAGUGUUGAAGGACCACUGGGAGGACAGCAGGUGCACAAAGUGGCAAUGAGCAUGGGAUGGAAUCCAACCUUUGAUGAUGUGAAGGCAAAGACCAUUGAACCAUGGAUUCUUCACCACUUUGAUGAGGACUUCUAUGGUUCCCAUUUACGAUUGCUGGUUUUGGCAUACGUUCGACCAGAAGUGAAGUUCGAGUCGACUGAGCAACUGAAGAAAGAGAUCGCUGCAGAUGGAGAGUUCUGUCAAGCCUCACUGAGUAUCCCUGAAUUUGCGGCCUUCCAGAAAGACCCUUUUCUGACACCUUGGGAAGUGCAGAAGCCUCCAGCUAUCUUUGCAUCCCAAAUUGUCACCAGCGCUCCUUUGAAAGAGACCUUGCAGUCCCUGCCUCCGCUUCAACCUGGCUUUGCGCGUUUGUUCUUGACUCGUCAUGGUGAAACGGAUGCAAAUGAGCAAGGUUUUCUGUGUGGCGGGGACCACGAGUCUCAACUCAACGCUCAAGGAGAAAAACAGGCAGAGGAACUGGCUCAGGAGUUGCUCCGUUCGGUCGACGGCUUCGCUGUCGUCGGCUCCUCGGAGCAGCGCCGGGCCAUGGGCUCGGCGGAGCUGGUGGCGCAGCGCUUUCCGGCGGCACGGCGCGUCAGGGUGAAGGAACUGCACGAAAUGAAAUAUGGCGACUUGGAAGGUGCGCGCAUUGCAGAUGUUCGUUCUGAUAUGAUUUCUCUUUCUCAAUCUUGGCGCCAGGGAAGUCUCCAGGAGCGAGUUGGAGGAGAGCGUGGUGAGAGUCCAGAGGACGUGAUCAAGCGUGUCCUGGCUUCCGUACGGCAAGUAUUGCAAGGAGAAAUCGGACAGAGCGUAUUGCUGGUGUGCCAUUCCUGGGUCAACAAAACCUUGAUCGCAUCCGUCACGCCUGGACUCGGCUUGCACAAGCUCUUGGAUGUGCCCCAAAGGAAUUGCGCUGUAAAUGUCUUGGAUUACUCAUGUGGAGAGGAUGGAGAAGGUGAGUUCAGGGUUCUAGCCGUUGACUUGGUGGCGGGAUCCAGAGCACGUAUUUGAGGCUGUACAUCUUGAAAACAUCCUGAAAUCAUCCUGGGAAAAUGAUUGAACCCAAAGGUGGGGUCUGCUUUCCAACACAGAAUCAUCGGCCACAAGAAGUUCAAAAGUUCACCAGCACGAUAGGAAGUACGACGCCAAGCGAAACUGGAAACCAGGCAAAUUGUCUCCAGAGCUGUCACCUGCCACAGAAAA